UUCCGCUGUCUUUGACCGCACGAUUCUUUCGCGUAUAGUUUCUUUUCCGGGAUUCCAAAAUGGGUAUCGAUAUUAAUCAUAAACAUGAUCGGAAAGUGCGACGAACAGAGCCCAAGUCGCAAGAUGUGUAUUUACGUCUCCUCGUCAAGCUGUAUCGGUUCUUGGCGAGACGAACAAAUUCAAAAUUCAACAAAAUUAUUUUGAAACGAUUAUUCAUGAGUAAAAUUCAUCGACCACCAAUUUCAUUGGCACGAAUCGUGAGAUUUAUGAAGAAACCUGGCAGGGAAAAUUGUGUUGCUGUCAUUGUUGGUACAGUCACUGAUGAUGCUAGGAUUUUUGAAGUCCCCAAGUUGACGGUAUGCGCUUUACGCGUGACUGAGAAGGCUCGUGCACGCAUCCUGAAAAAUGGAGGUGAGAUCAUCACGUUCGAUCAGCUAGCAUUACGCGCCCCGACUGGAAAACACACAGUCUUGAUGCAGGGACCGCGUAACGCUCGCGAGAGCGUUAAACACUUCGGUCUGGCACCUGGCGUACCACAUUCUCAUACGAAGCCUUACGUGAGGUCUAAGGGUCGAAAGUUCGAACGGGCGAGAGGCCGUAGACGCAGCUGUGGUUAUAAGAAAUAAGAUUGAUGUAACACGCACUUCAACGGAUGUUUAUCAGUCGUAAUCUUUUUUUCCAAGCGGUCAAGUGGCUGAAAAAUAAACAUUUGCUUCAUAACAA